CCUGACCAUACUUGGCUCUAAUUCAAAAGCUCUGCAAUAUGUGUGUGUCCUUGUAAAGGCCCUGGAUAGACAAGUAUCAACAGGCUAAGCAGAAAGCAGCGUUGGACAUGAGACAUUUACUGAGUCUUCCCCGGCUAGCCUCAAGGGCUUUCAACACAACAGCCCGGCAAAUGAAAAACAAGGUGCCGGAGAGACAGAAGGUUUUCCAGGAGGACAAUGGUCUACCUGUCCACAUUAAAGGGGGGACCACAGAUGUACUUCUCUACCGUUUAACCAUGACCAUCACAGUUACAGGGACUGCCUUUUCCUGUUACUGGUUGCUGAUGGCCUGUCUGCCCAAGGGUAAAGCAUAAUAAGGACACGUGAAGAACCUUUAUGCUGUGUGAUUCUGUACAAAUACAUUUAUGUCAAAUACCUUGAUGUAUUAAACGAAUAUAAUACUUCCAA